CAAUCGGCCGGUCGAGCCCGUGGAGUUGUUGAAGGGUCUUCCUGGUCGUGGCUCCGGGGCGCAUGCUAGCGUCUUUCCAAUUUGUGUCCGCGGAGCAGCACGACGUCCAGGAUGGGCCGCCCAUUUGUUUGCGCGAUCCCCUGGCGCCGGGGGACGUCUCGCACCGAAAGGACGGUUCCUGACAGCGGGAAUAAGCAAGAAGAAAGGCUGCGGAGCGUCACCGAGAUAUCUCCUCUUUGGAUGCAACGCCCCACAACCCACCAGCGUGGAUCGACAGGGCGCAGCCGCGCAUUGGCACCCUAAAUAUGCCCGACUCCCCCUGCGUCUCUUUCCCUGCACGCAUUGCUCUCGCAUCGCAACGGCCGGCUGUCAAAACCAGGCCGAUAUUCCAUUUCUCUGCCGAGUCCCACCUGGCCUGCCCUCCCGACUUUCGAAUCCGCUCUCUUCAGCCCUCGACGACGACCUGCCCUCUACUACCAACCCCCAACCAUGGCCAGGCUCUGGCGGAAUAGGUGAUGAUAUGUCACUUGACUCAACGAAGGAGCGCAAAUGGCCGUUCAAAUCGACCAGGGGAUCCUCGGGGUCGCGGUGGGCGUCCUGGUCUAUAGCUUCAUCUGCCUCUCUGCCGGUCUUCUCAUGAUAGUCCUGGUAUGGGCCCGGCAGGAGCGCACGAGCUAUGUUGCUUGUCUAUCAUUUCUCACCUCCAUAUCCACCACGGCCUCCAUCAUCCAGCAGUUCCACACCAUAGUGGACUGGGAGAAUAUUGCCAUGGCCAAGUUUGACCGCGUCCUCGCCGAUCCCCGGAACCCAGAACUGUCCAUUUCUGGAGCAUCUGUAGGCGUUGAUCUUGUACUUUUUUAUAUCCAGUACUACUCGUAUAAUGCAAUGGCAAUGAUGACUCUCUUCUGGGCCUUCGAGUUGGCUGCUUCUGUCUUCAAAUGGACGGAUCUGAGAGGGAAGCGUAGCAGUCUGAUUUGCAAGACAACUGCCUUCCUACUUCCUGCGUUGCAGAUGGGUAUCUUGCGACUCCGUGCCACUCAAAAAAUCGAGGCACUUUUCUACAUUAUCGCCAACAUCAUCAUGGCCAUCUCUCUAUCGUCUGGGGCAGUUCUCCUCAUGUUGAUACUGUUCAAGUAUAUCCGCGUGCGGAUGGCUUUCAUGUCCUGGCACGUGGGCUAUGGUGAAGCCUCCUCACCCACGUCACAAGCAACGGACCUCAGCCGCUCGCUCCCCGUCACGGUUGCGCCGCGCCAGAGCAUCCACGACAACUGGCUUAUGGUCAGAUUCACCAUAGCAUUUGUUGCACUUGCCAUUUUCGAAGUGCUCACUAUUCACUUUGAGACGGUCACCUCUGCAGCCAACGCCAACAUAGCGGCUGGCACACCCGAUUUGAGCGCCGACGCACUCAAACAGGUCGUCCUCCUCUUCAUGCCCGGCGUAUCGGCCAGCUUGCUCGUGUUUGUCGUGUUUGGUACUACCAAGACGCUGCGCGAGUACAUGUGGGCCAAGGUGGUGCCACGCCGCAUCCGCGAGCAAAGAGAGGCCGCCCGUGCCAACAGAUUACCGUCGGUCGUCUUCCCGCGCGGCGUAGACGGCGGCUUCGUCGCCGACCAGCACCAGAUGGCGCUGCUGGACUCCCACCAGAGGAGGGACAGCAACGACCGCAGCGACAACGGCUACGGAUACGACCAAGAAACCAACACGGGGGGCGGCUAUCCGCACCUGCCGCCCAUCACCUCGGGCGGAGAUCUGAGCGACGUGGAGCGUGCCAUCACAAAGAGCGGCAGGACGAGCACCAGAAUCACCAAGCCGCCCUCGGUUAUUGUCCCUGGUGGACGCCCGACCCGGGGCUCGCGAAGAGGAAGCAAGCGAUGAUUUCUUUUAUCCUACAUUUGAUAACUCGUCUUCUCUCUUGUCUUUAUAAAUGAUGACACGUGAUAGGGUGUUGGGGGACUGGAGUUGGCGGGAUAUGAUACCAAAUUUGCCUGAAUUUUUACUGUAUGAUGGAGGCCAUGCGCCGAGGGAUAACGGGUUUCGGAGGGGAAAAUAUGUAUGAUUAUGUGUAUGAUUCUAGCGAGGAGCAAAGGGAUGUGCACAAUUUUGAUAUGUUAGCUUUUAGUUUUUGAUGCACACCUAACGAGGUGUCGUGGGAGGAAAUCGCCUCAGGAUCAUUCAGCGUCGCCUGCCUUACCGUCGUGGAAGCGCUCCC